AUGGCUGGUAAGAGACCAUAUGAAAAAAGUGUUCCGGCUCAGUACAUGAAGCAGUUAGCUAGAGGAAUCACGAAACUGAAUAACAGAAUUGAGGAUGAUGUCAGUGAAAUGUGUGGGGAGGUCUUAAAACCAUUUAGAGAAGACUACAAGAAAAAAAUAGAAAGUGAGGAAUCAACACACGAAUUAGACAUUUGUUUAAGAGAUAUCCUCCGCAGCUUAACAAUCCACCUGCACUUUCACUGCGGAGUAGCAGAGUCGUCGAUGACGGAGACGGAGAGAGAACUCGCUAAAUUUGAAUCUGAUCUGAAUCUAAUAUCGAACCAGGAAGAAGAAAAUCAGGAGGAAGAAAAUCAGGAGGGGGAAAACCAGAAGAAGGAAAAGGUUCUAGAAUUUGUUAUCGACCCCGGAAGCUUACUCUUGGAAAUGUUCAGUGUUUACACACUCGCGGAAACGCCAGAUGAUGACAAAGGAACUGAAGCUCAUGCCGACCGUGUUUUUGAACUCGCAAACUACUGGUUAACGAAACUUGAAAGAGGAAACACCUUCAAGCCCAAAGUGUUAGCAAAGAUUUCACUCGAUAACAAGCAUUUUAUUGGGUCUUCAAUAGCAGUUAGUCAUUUCUUAAGGCCUAUCUGCUUGUAUAACAGAAUUAUCCGUCUGAAACGGACUCUUAGAAAGAAAAUUUUACAUUUUGCUCCUCUGAAACUAGAGAAAACGGGAUGGAUUUUUAAAGCAUUUCAACAGAAAAGCGACGACGACGAAUAUCGUUCCGAAAAAGAUACCUGUAAAAACUGUAAAAUGAUCUUCUUUGGUGAUUGUUGGGGAGAGGGACAUUCCACAUUUCUUGGAGCAUGCGCAGAGUACUGUGCUGUUAACGAGCUUCUUCCUCCUGAGGAAACUUCACAAGAUUCCGAUGAUAAAGAGGACUUUCCCCUUCUGAAAAGAAACUUAUCUCGAUGUUCACUUCUUUUCGAAGGCUUUAGGGACAUAUCAAAAAAAUGCAUUGAUUCAUAUGAUCCAGAAAAUAUUGACGAGAAAUUGCUAAAUGAAGUGUAUUGGAAAGUAAUAUAUAAAUUGCACAUUUUUGGUCUUAAACCAGAAUGUAAUCCUUGCUUUUAA